UUUAGAGCUUCUGAGAUGGUUGAACAUAGAUGGUUGUUCAAGGUUGGAGUCAUUUUCGGAAAUGGGAUUACCCUUUUCUUUAAAAAGUCUACGUAUCAUAUCAUGUAAUAUGCUCAUGGAAAAUCGCAUGAAAUGGAAUUUACAAAGACUCCCAUCGUUGAUUGAGUUAUUUCUUAAGAAUUAUGGAGGAGCGGUGGAUUCAUUUCCAGAAGAAUGGUUGCUCCCACCUUCUUUAACUCAUCUUUGGAUCCGUGGAUUUGAUAAGCUUACAGCUCUGAACGGCAAAGGUUUUCACCACCUCACCUCACUUCGACAAUUGGAACUUUAUUCCUUGAAAAAGCUAGAGUGCUUGCCAGCAGAAGGACUGCCCCAGACUCUUACUGUUUUGAGUAUAUUUGGUUGUCCUCUGUUAAAGCCCAGGUGCAAGGAAGGAACAAGGGAAGAUUGGCCCAAGAUUCAACACAUACCUAACUUAAACACAGAUCACUGGCAUUUCUACAAUACAUGAGGUGAGGAGUUGUCGCUGUGUUUUUCAACUUCUUUAUCUCUUGAUGAUGUUGGUGUCACCCUUCAAUCUUCUUUGGCCCAAUUUGGUGGGGUUUAGAUGCUGAUGAUCAUUGCCCUUUGGCCAAGUGUCCCAUUGCUUCUGGGACUGCUAUAGAACAAUAUCAUGUUUUCUGAUAGAUUUGGUCUUUACUCAAAACUGUUAUGUUAGCUGGAAGUUUGUUGACAAGAUGACAUGUUGAUUUUGUUUCUAUUUGGCCAAUCAUCUUUUCAACUUGAAGUCUCUCAUUGGUCAUAAGGGUCUAUAAAUAUUCUAAGGCUGAUGUUUAGAGUAACUUGAUGUGGAUGUUUGAAUCAUCUGUGAUGUGAAUGUUUGAAUCAUCUGUUUUGUAUUUACUGUGUGAAAAGACAAAUCUUCUUGUAUUUCAAGUGUAAUAGUUGUGUACUAUUUGUUGUUUUUGUA